CUAAUCAAAGGCCAAUAUAUCACAGCAUUGAAUAACAUGGCAGGUUCACAAGAAAGUCUCGAGUGCCCAAUGUGUGGCUACGCAGUCGCCUCGGGUCAGGAUUACGUACUGCAACUACACUUCGAGCAGGCACAUACCGAAGACUCGCCAUUUCGUAUCCAAGAUGAUCCUGAGCCGCUCCCUCCAUCUUUGACUAACGAUACUUCAAAGGGAAGUGCUGACUCGAGAAUGGAAAGUGGCAUUGACGAAGACGAAGAUACCGUCAUGUGUCCAGAGCCCGACUGCUGUGAACUUGUCCUGAUACAUGACUUUAACGAUCACCUGGACUUCCACGCCGGAGAAAGAUUAUCCUUUGACCAGUCGUCCAACAGAAGCUAUCAUUCUAGACAUCCUACUUCUGUCGCCAACAGCGACGCCGGUUCAUCAGCCAUGCUCCCCACCGACUUUGACCCCUCUCGAGGGUCAGAAGAGGACAGGAAGAAAAGGUCAAGGAAGCAUAAAAAGCGAAGUCGCAGUAAUACCUCAAGCAGCGAGAAGAGCACUCUGUCACGUAGUAUCGCCACCUUCAACCCUUUUACCAAGCCCGGCGUGACGGUCAAGCCCCCUAAGAGCAAUUGCCGCCUCGGUUGUGCUGAUCUCGGCCCAUAUGCGUGGGAAGACCGUAUGCCCAAGUGGCUGCAUGAUCAGCUCGAUGCUGGACCUAAAAUCACCACAGUAAAUCGCAUCGGACGCGAUGGACGCCUCAUCAAGCAAGAGCACGUGCAAAAUGAAACACCCGGCAUCAUUCCUAUUUUAGCCCAAUUAUCAGCCCUGGAUCGCUCCGUCAAACAGGCUUAUUACUGUCAUCCCUCCACUCUACAUAUUGGCAAGACGCCAAAGGAAGGUAGCUUCUGCGGCUACCGAAACAUCCAAAUGCUCAUCUCUUAUAUUCAAGGUGCUCGAGCACAAGGGUGCGAGGAUUUUCAUGGAAGAGUGCCUGGGAUACUAAAGUUACAGGAAUUGAUCGAGAGCGCAUGGGACAAAGGUAUCAACGCUAUUGCGAGACAGCAGACCGGCGGUAUCCGAGAUACGAGGAAGUAUAUUGGCACUCCCGAGGCCCAAGCCAUUUUCCAAAGUGCUCGAAUCGACUGCGGUGUACAGAUGUUCGCCGAUUCGAAAGACGGCGCUACCGAAGCCCAUGAGGCCCUUCUUACCGCUGUCGAGACUUAUUUCGCUCAGACCCCUAUCAGCGACGGCUCCAAUGUUAACAAAACUCUCCUCCCACCCAUCUUUCUUCAACAACCAGGCCACUCCAUGUCCAUCAUCGGAUUCGAGCGUCGUCACGACGGCUCUCGCAACCUUAUAGUCUUCGAUCCAAUGUAUCAGACGAGCCCGGCCAUGCACCGCCUGAUUGGCCGCAAGAACAUCAAGACGGCGAGGCCGGAAGUGAUGUGGGCUUAUCGCAGGGCUGCUAAACAGUUGAGCAAGCAUGCUGCGUUCGAGAUACUUUUGCUUUCUGCAAACCCCCCUUUAUAUCCGGCUUGGGAUGUAUUGCGCCAAUUCCCUGACUGCCGCUACGUUUAUGUUUUCUUCCGGUCUCGCUCGCUUGGCUUCGAUGUGUACCCUGAAGAUUACUUCCUCCGCACCUUCCCCUGGAACCAUUACGGUGGUCUCUGGAUAGUCGAUGACGCUCGUUUUGCCAGAUCUGCAAACGUUGAUCCUACUCUUGCUCAUACUCUUCGCAGCAUCACGGGCGAAGGGGCUUCUAGUGGAGCUGGUAGUCACAUCGGCACUGGUAGCUCUUUCAGCGGUGGCUUCUUGCACCAAUAUCGUAACAACCCAUCUCAUCAACCAACUGGCGACACCCUUUACGAUCUUUAUCCACCUACGAAACAGGGCACAAGCAUGCACUUCUCUAUCAGCCAGAUGCCGUCAUUUUCGAGCAUAGACGGCAUGAUGUUGGCGACUGGCAAUCUGUCUACCCUGGAUUGUGUUGGAUUAUACUCUCAACACCAUGCCAUGGCUACAACCAACAUGCAACAGCAAGUGAACUUCCCACGGCUGACGGAAGUUGGUCGGCGAUGUCCUGGAUACCCGACUCCUUUAUCGCCGACCUUGGAUGCCAAGGGGGUUUUCCCUUCUCCUGCCUCAGAAGCGGGUAGCAACGUCGCCAACACAAGCAACACACCCCGAGAUGCUCGCUCAUUUUCCCCUAUGAGUAUUGAUGGUUCCGACAUGUGUGGACCGAUACACGGUUCUGUGCCUCACGAUCACGGACAAUGUCCAGAUAUUAGAAUGUCAAACAAUGCAUCUACUAAACCGCCGUUGUCUACACCGGAAUCGAGCCCUUCCCAUCCUGUUAGCCCUCGCGUAGCAAUGCUAAAUAGCUUUGCAAGCAAGCAAGCAUUGCAAGCAUUCUCUUCCCAGCCCAUGAUUCCGACUUCAUUUACACCUCCCUCUUCACCAUCAAGCAGUAACGCCUCGAGCAGGAAGAUGCAUGAAGCAGCUGCCCGUCUUCCACGAAUCAACACCAACAUCAACGUGAUUCCGAUCGCGGACGGAUUAGAGACAUAUAGUCAGUCGCCGAUUUCUCCGGAAGGGAACUUGCUAUCGUACAAGUCGAAUCGCAGCAUAGAGAGUGGAAUGCUCGUUGUACAGCCUCUGAGCGAGGCGCAGGUGGCCGAAUACCGGUUCUGGAGGCCAUGCGGCAAAGGCAAAUGCGUGUUUGGUUGUGGGGCAGGAAGAGAGGGUGAAUGGGCAGCAGCGCGAAGACUGUUCAGAGGCGUGGAGGAGAUUAGGGAGGAAGGAGAGGAUGAGGUGGAGGAAGAGCAGAGAUCUGAAGACACGAUGGAAAGGGAAAAUGCAAGUGUCGACUCUUGGGCCAUGCUAGGAAUCAGGGAGAUGAGAAAGGAAGGCCAGAAAGCAAGAUGGAAUGGGGCCAAGCAGGUGGUUCGGGUACUUGGAAGGGAGAGGGAGAGGGAUGGCGUAUGCGACGUGUGA